AUGCAUUUCACCGCAAUACUGCCGCUGGUCCUGUCCAUAGUGGCAUUCGUCCUCUCCUUCCUGGCUCUCUUCGCCGGCCACAAGGAGGGCUUCAUGGAGAACUACGACGUCAUCCGCCUCAACACCUCCGGCCUGGGCCAGAACGUCCUCAACAUCGGUUCCGACCAGCCCGACAACGACGACAACCCCUUCGACAGGAUAGUCGGCAUCGUGCGCAACAAGACAAAUGACAUCAUCAACGACAUCGGCAACGACGUCGCAGACCGCCUCGCCGAGGAGCUGGGCAUCUCCCACUGGUACUCUCUGCACCUGAUGGACGUGUGCCAGGGCGACUUCGCCCCCAACGUGACGGCUCCCAGCACCUGGCUCAACGUCUCCGGCUGCACCCAGCCGAAGCCCGGCCCCAACGUCAACCUCACCAAGAUGCUGGACCAGGAGCUCUCCGUCGGCCCCCUGCGUCUGAGCCUGGCCGAUCUCGACUGGCCCGAAACCAUCGAGGACGCCCUGGACAAGGUCAACAAGGCGCUGCUGAGCAUCUUCGUCCUCUACGUCCUGGGCAUCGGCUUCUCCGGUCUCGCCAUCCUCGGCUCCCUCGCCGCCAUCUUCCUCGGCUUCAGCAAGGGCGUGACGAUAGUCAACUUCGUCUUCGCCAUCCUGGCGGCCAUCGUCCUGUUCGCGGGUAGUCUGGUGACGACCAUCGGCGCCAGGGAGGGCGCGAAGCAAAUCAACGACUUGGGCGACGACAUUGGCCUCUCGGCUAAUGUUGGUACCAAGUUUAUGAUCAUCUCCUGGGUCGCGUUCGCCGUCAUGGCUGCUGCGGCUGUUUACUGGGUCACCCAGUGCUGUGCCUCGAGGCGGGCGAAGAAGCGAGGGUACACUGAGAAGCGUCACAACAAGGGCAGCUUCUAA